AUGUCUGAUCAAAAGUACCCGCUAGAUCUGGGGGAGAGUGACCCCUGUCUCUCACGACCAUUUGAUCUCUGCUUAGAUCCAGAAUUAGACUUCGAGAUGUUCGACCACUUUACCAAACAUAUCAAGCAAAAAUUCGAAACUCUCUCAUACCCCGAGCCAUGUCAAAAGCAGGAUGUGCCAGUCUUGUGUCGAGGCGACAGGACCUCAGACACAACACAAGACAUGCAUUUGGAUCAACCCCCCCCCUAUCGCCUGGUUGAAAGUCCUGUUUCGAAGAAAGACGGUGAACGAGGCCUGAUUGAACAUUCUGCGUUCAGGGAAGGCGAUGAACGGGGCCCGGUUGAAGGCUCUGCUUCGAGGAGAGAUGAUAAACGAAGUCUGGUUGAAGAUUCUGCUUCGAGGAAAGAUGAUGAACGACGCCCGGUUGAAGAUUCUGCUUUCAGGAAAGACGAUGCACGAACCGUUAGCCCUCACAUACAGGUUACCCCCCCGCCUAAGAAAUUACGACAUUGGUGGCGCUCGUUGUUUGGGUCACGGCUAAAGAAACCUCAUGGCCCUCCCCAGCCUACGGCACCCUUCCUAGAGCCUCAUAACCAUCCUCAACCUACAUCACCCUUCCUGGAGCCUCAUGACACUCCUCAGCCGACAAAAUCCUUGCUAGAACUUCAUGACACAGUCCAGCCUACGGCAUCCUUCCUAGAGCCCCAAGACCCUCCUCAGCCUGCCGCAUCCCUUCUGGAACUUCAUGGCCCUCACCAGCCUAGGGCAUCCUCUCCAGAUCCGCCGCAGUAUUCUCCCAUGCCCCCAGAAGCUCAAGGCCCUCGUCGCAUAUAUGAGCGAACCGACCGACUGCGGCAGGAAAGCCCGAUCUUCAAGUUGCCAAAGCCUGUAAUGAUCCAGAUAAUGAAGAGUCUGGCGCCAGUAUCUCUCUGGUCUCUCCGACAGGCGUCGGCACUUUUCCGAACCCUUUUUGACGACCGACAGUUUUCCCCGUUUCACGACACGGCGGGCCUGUAUGAUGCUCACAUGAAUUUCUCUACCGACUUCAUGUCACAGGAGGAAAGGAGAGAGGCCCGCGCAAUGCUUCAACCGAAGCGCCGGUGCACGGCAUGCACUCGGGUUUAUCUCCGCGGCGAAUUCGAACCUGCCAUGAUUAAGCUUCGCGAGCUGCGAUUUUGCCAUGCGUGCGGCGAGAAGCAUGCCACCAUAUUUUUCCCCCACGAAAGCAUAGAAAGGGGUGAUGAAAAUCUGGUUUGUAUCGGACGACUGGGCAAAUGGGAACUUUGCUCUCACACAGAGCCUAUCAUGUGGGAUUCCCUCAAGGAUGUUCUCCCUGUUCCAAACAUCGAAAAGUAUGGUGGAUGCCCCCACCCUGUGCAUCAGCCAAGAUCUGAGGAAACUUCGACAAAAUAUAGCUCGUUCCCGCGGCUACAUAUCAUACGAUGGUCCUCCCCGACGGAUUCCCAUACUACAAUUAAGAUUGGUUGGGAUCUUCCGUUGCUGGAUAUUGAUAGCAGAGAUCCUCCCAGCACGGCGGGUAUUCGAAGUACCCUUCAACAGUUGAUUGUGGGAGGUGCUCUUCGGAAUCACAAGACUUGUCCUCACAUGGCGGACGGAAAGGUUCUUAGUGACUUCAUCUCGGCUGCGGUUUGCGACUGUUUCAGGAAGCCAUAUUGCGGGGCCUUGUAUACCUGGGCUCUCACAUCUGGACGCAUGACGCUGAUAUAUCGAUACUCAUGGAGCGUGUUUAAACCAACUAGUCCAGCGUGGCUGAACCUGCUAGAUGAUUUACCCACGCUGGCCGGGAUUUUCCACGAGAAGAACAAGCAUAUUUUCUGGUGCGAUAGCCCUGCGUGCGCAACAGGCAGGGACCUGAGGCCCUGGCAAGACAUGGUAAAGGAAGAGAUGGGACUCCACUAUGAGAGGCAUAAAGGAAAUCAGGAGCAUGGCAUGCAAUUGAGUGACUGGCACUCUCAUGUCCAGCGGUUUUGGAAGGUGACGACGUCGAACAUGAGAUUGCCCCAAAGAGUGAUAAGCUACGAGCCUCCCGAUUUGUUGCACGCCGUGAGAGUGGCUGCCAAAGGCGAUUUCAUGAAUUAUGGAGUUCCAUAA